AUGGCGAGCGACGGCGAGGACGACGCUCAGAGCUACGAAAGCUACUAUACCGACGAUGGCGACGAUUACACCGACGAGGUGGACAGCAACGUCGACGACGACGGCGAGAGUUGGGAUCUGGAGGAAGAGGAGGUAGAUGACGACGACGACGACGAGGCCAAGAAAAAGAAGGCGGCCGCCGCCGUCAACCUCACCAAGAUCGACAGGAGGUACCGGAAUCUGUCCGAGGAGCAAGUCCGCGCGCGGCAGGACGCGGACACGGCCAACGUCGGCGAGCUCUUCGCGAUCCCGCCGGGGUUCGCCGCCGUCCUCCUCCGGCACUACAAGUGGAGCCUCGUCGAGCUCCAGGACAGGCUGUUCUGCGACGGCGACCGAGCCGGCGCCGCCACCGGCGUGGCGCUCGGCGGCGCCCCCGUGUCGCGCAACGCCCACCCGCUCGUCUGCGCCAUCUGCUUCGACGAGCACCCCGCCGCGUGCUCCGCCGCCGUGGUGCGUGAGCUCGUCGACGAGGUGGCCGGCGACGCGGACAGAGCCCGGUACGCGACGUUCUUGCUCCGGUCGUACGUGGAGGAGGGCACGAGGAUCAAGUGGUGCCCGGGGCCCGGGUGCACCCUGGCCAUCGAGUUCGUCGGCGGCGGCGGCGGCGAGGAGAAGCAGGACGACGUGGAGUGCAGGCACGGGCACGGGUUCUGCUUCCGGUGCGGCGAGGAGGCGCACCGGCCGGUGUCGUGCGAGACGGUGUACGCGUGGUCGGAGAAGAACGCCAUGAAGUCCGAGACGGCGAGCUGGGUGCUGGCGAACACGAAGCACUGCCCCAAGUGCCGGCUGCCGAUCGAGAAGAACCGGGGGUGCAUGCACAUGACGUGCCGGCCGCCAUGCCUGCACGAGUUCUGCUGGCUCUGCCUCAGCCCGUGGAGCGAUCACCGGAGCAGCGAGUACUACAACUGCAACGUCUACGACGCGGCCAAGGCCAACGGCGAGGCCAGCGACGACAAGCGGCGGCGGGAGCAGGGCAUGGCGUCGCUGGACAGGUACAUGCACUUCUACGAGCGGUGGGCGGCGCACGGGAAGGCGCGGCAGAGCGCGGUGGACGACAUGGCCGGCCUCGACGCCUGCGCCGAGAAGCUGUCCGCCGCGGUGGCCAUGCCGGUGACGGAGCUCUGCUUCCUGGCGGAGGCGUACCAGCAGAUCGCCGAGUGCCGGCGGCUGCUCCGGUGGACGUACGCGUACGGGUACUACCACCUGGGCACGGGGCUCGACGGCGACGAGGAGCGGCGCACCAUGGUGGAGUGCGCGCAGGGGGAGGCCGAGCGGCAGCUGGAGAAGCUGCACGACUGCGCCGAGCACGAGAGGGAGGAGCUCCUCGCCGAGGUGGAACGAACCAUCAAGUUGAACGCUAUCCUCAAGGACAACGACGGCGAGGAGUCGAAGAAGAAGAUGGAGGAUAAGGCCGGCGAGAUGGUCGACAUGGUCGUGGCUUACCGGCAGAAGCUCUCCGGGCUCACCGGCGUCUGCAAGAUCUUCUUCCGUAACCUCGUCAAGACGUUCCAGGACGGCCUGUUGGAGGUGGGACCUGCUGUUGCCGCCGCCGCCGCAGCCGCCGUAGCUACAGGUCCGGCCGAGAGCUCCGACGAUCCUGUUGAUCCUCUUCAGCCUCUUCAUCAAGACGACAGCUCGUAG